AUGAAAGUGUGGAGAAGUCUUAACCUUCAAUGCUCUGAAAAGCUAAGUGAACAAUCUGCAGUUCAAAUGUGUUCCAAUAAUUUGCUUCCAAAGAUUGCAACAUUUGUAGGCAUGAUAGAAGCCCAGUCAUUUGACGCUCUUGUCUCCAAAGCUUGCAAUGUUGAAAGACAAAUAGCCCGACAAAGGAGUUUGCCUCAAAAAUCUCGGAUGACUGAAAAGAAGAAAUUUGAUAAUAAGAAGCAGAUAAAGAAAGAUGAGGCCAUGCCUACAUUUGUCAAUGUCAAUAAGAAGAAAGAAAAUGGAAAAGGAAAGGAAGUCCCUAAAAUGGGAAAGAAACUUCCAAAAAUCCCUCUUUAA